AUGAAUUUCACCCAAUCGGACCUCCCUUCCGUGCAAGAUCUCCUGCGCUCAGGAAAACCAUUUGUCCCCUUUUCCGAGUUCUCGGUUCAUGACAUCUGUGACCUAAGUCACGAAGAAGCCAAUGACUGGUUGGAGCGCAGGUUGCAGGAGGAAAGGCCAUUUGUCAUUCAUGGCUUUGACAGACUAGACAGCUGGGACAAGCGCAUUCUGAGCAACGAAAGCCUGGUAGACCUAUCUUCCUCGGGAUCAAUACCCGUGAGGAACUGUCAGACGGGACGAGAUGUGCGUAUGAAACUUGCGGAUCUUUUUCAGUUUCGGGCAGACCAUACGCGAGGUAGCAAUAUCCGAGAAUCUCUAUAUGCAAAAGACCUCCAGUGCCCGGAGGAGUGGGUAAAAGCUUUGAAGGCCAUCUUGCCAUCAUCUCUGCAGCACUUGGGUUCUUUGGACUUGUUCCGAGUAUUGCCCCGAGACAUUGCACCGGAGGUCUUGAUGGCCUAUGCCGGAACUCAGGGAUCUUUAUGCUUUAGCGGGACGGUUGCUCUCAAUCUCGUGAUUGAAUCCAAAGGCCGUCCGUCAGGGUCAAUUUGCUUCGGUACCGACAGACAAUCGCAAACAAAAUAUGACGCUUACAUGGAGGAAUUGGGAAAGUCAUCGCAUUCCGACUGGGCCUACGUUUCAAUCGCGCAGCUACGAUCAGCCAACUUUCCGAUUUAUGUUACCUAUCAAGGACCUGGCGACCUGGUUGUCUAUCCAUCAGCAACUGCACACCAAGUUUGGAACAUUGGUCCGAUAGUUACCAGGGUCGUUUGGAAUGUCAUGCAUACGUCUUCUAUGGUAUCAUUCUUUGAUUACAUCCAACCCGCGUAUCAAAGGCAAUGCCAUGCAGACACCGGCCGAGUCCCAUUGAUUCCGCUGCACGCACUCAGAGAUACUACUAUCCUUAGCGCAAAGGAGCUGAAACUCCUUUUGGAGAUCUUCGAGCGGUUGGUCGACGAUGACGAUACGGGGUCAAAUAUACCCGUAAAGCUUGUGGAUACUCAAGGCAGAAAUCACUGGGUCUUUUGGCUGGAGCUGCGGCAGAUGCUCGACGACAAUCUGUGGAACGCCUUUGCCAUCUGUGCCGAGAUAACCAUACAGUGUGGAAAGGCAUCACAUGCUCCCAGUGCUCUGCGUUCUUCUGCUUCCGUGGUCUCUACAGACAUUUUGAUAUUGAUCUCAUUUCUCUACUCCGAAGAGAGGGCCCGUGGUAAAGAAAAACCCGUCAGAGCCCGCAUCAAGCCUGCCGACCCCCGAGGCCGUAUCAUGGGCUUUGUGGACAACGUGUUCGACCAGAAGAGAGGAAAGAGAGCCAGCGUAGGUUCACAAAUGAUACCUUCGCAGACGGCUGUCUCUCUGCAAGGACGGAAACGACGUAGACUAAACAGCAGCGAAGGCUUUGAGCAAGGACUGCUGGAUAGCAGCAGGUUUUCUUCAGUGGAGGAUACUCAAUCACCUGGAAUCGGGAGAUCAGAAUCAGAUGACUUACGGAGCAGAGGUACUGCUCAACCAAAUAUGCAUCUCGCCAAAACGCAUUCUGAUGGAGAUACUUGGCCUAAAGGACAGCUUCGAAUUUCUGACCUGGUCGAGAGCCGGGCUGAGAGUGCGGCGGCUGAAGGAAGUUCUCGCAAUCGUGCCACACAGUACCGACCUGCUGUACUUCCUGAGAUAUCAGACCGGCGCGAUCACCCUUCAAGAGAAAACAACUCUCUCCUCUCAUCCACAAGUGAAGACAGUAUUCCUGUUUUGGAGAAGAGAUUGGACGCUCUUCGUCGAUAUGCGGAUGAUCUUCUCGAGCUCUCUUUGGUGGAGUCGCAUGCUAAACUGCUUGAAAAGAUCACUGCAUUUGAAACCCAGAUUGAGCAGAUCAGGAGGCGAAAGGCCGAAAGGCUCUUCAGUAAUUUAAAUCGGGAUUUCCCCGAUCUGGCCAACGUAGCCAUGGAAGAGGCGCGACGGCGAGGACUAUGA